AUGCUUGAGAUAAUUACAGAUAAUAGGAAGGAGAUGUUAACUCUGAAGCAGAAGUUAGAGGCUGACGAAAAAAAUUCAUCUGAAUCUACAUCAAAAACGACUGUGAAUAGUGAAAUCACAGUCAUUUCAAGCAAAGAUGAUGAAAAAUCCAAUCAAAGACAAGACGAUUUGGAAAUCUUCAAUGAUGAAAAUUCAAUCAGGAAUCCCGGGACAGCCAUUGUAUUUGAAGCUCCGUCCCCUAAUGUCAAAUGCCGUAGGAUGCGUUCGUCUGAAGAAGAGAAACGAAUAGCUUCAGAAGGCUUCAAAGAAUACAUUAUGAAUAAUACAUUGCCAUCAUUCCAAAAACAUGCGCGAGGUCAUGAAUACAAAUCCAGGUGUAUUUCAAAGGAGUGUAGCCACUAUUAA